UCUUGUUCUUUCCUCAUUCCAGGAAGGGAUUCUACACCCCAAGAAAGAUGUCAAGACGCAGUAGUCGUUUGCAAGCCAAGCAGCAGCUGCUGCCGCCACUCCCAUCCCCCUGUCAGGAAGAGUCUCCACAAGAGCUGCAGGCACCAGAGCUUCUCCAAACCAAGAAAAGGAGAGCAACAGAGGAUAUCGAGAAAGGAGAAGAUGAAAAAGUCAUUAAAAGACAUCAGUAUGAGAUUAAGAGUUGUUGGCCACCCACAAUAUCAGGAGGCAUCUCCCCCUGCAUAAUUAUUGAAACACCACACAAGGAAAUGGCAGCUACUGACUUCUCCAGAUUCAAGAAAUACAGGUUCAGAAACCUCUUCAUAAAUCCAUCACCUUUGCCUGAACUUAGCUGGGGAAAUUCCAAAGAUGUCUGGCUCAAUAUUCUGAAGAAGGAGAACAAAUAUGCUCACUGCAAACAUUUUACAUCGCUACAUUCUAACUUGCAACCACACAUGAGAUCAAUACUCCUGGACUGGCUCUUGGAGGUAUGUGAAGUAUAUAUGCUUCACAGAGAAACCUUCUACCUAGCUCAAGAUUUUUUUGAUAGAUUCAUGUUGACACAAAAGAAUAUUAAUAAAAAUAUGCUUCAGCUAAUAGGAAUUACCUCAUUAUUCAUUGCCUCCAAACUUGAGGAGAUAUAUGCUCCUAAACUACAAGAGUUUGCCUAUGUCACAGAUGGUGCUUGUAGUGAAGAUGAUAUUAUAAGAAUGGAGCUCAUUGUAUUAAAGGCUUUAAAAUGGGAACUAUGUCCAGUGACAAUCAUCUCCUGGCUCAAUCUUUAUCUCCAAGUGGAUGCUUUGAAAGAUGUUCCAAAAGUGCUGCUACCUCAGUAUUCUCAGGAAAAAUUCAUUCAAAUAGCACAGCUUUUAGACCUGUGUAUUCUAGAUGUCAGUUCUCUGGACUUCCAGUAUAGGACACUGGCUGCUGCUGCACUCUGGCACUAUACCUCAGCUGAGGUAGUUAAAAAAGCUUCAGGUUUAGAUUGGAACAGCAUUUCAGAAUGUGUAGAGUGGAUGGAUCCUUUUGUUAGGGUGGCAAGAAAAGCCCCUGUGAAAAUGAAGAGUUUUAAGAAGGUUGCAGUGGAAGACAAACAUAAUAUCCAAACCCACACAAACUACUUGGACAUGCUGGAUGAAGUGAAUUGUGGAGUAGCUCUAACAGCACCAGGACAACUAUCUCCAGGGUGUAUAGGAGGAAUAAUAACACCCCCCAGAAGCACAGAGAAAAAGUGAAAGUAUGGAAACCACUGACAAGACAGAUGCAAUGAACACUCAGUGGUAGAAACUCCAAAGCAGGACACUGCUUCAGUACAGCACUACCCUAAAGCAGAGACUCAAUCUAAUCCUUGAACACUUACUGCUAUGCAGGAUGUUGAGGCAGAAAAAGAUGUGUCAAACUGAAUAAUGGAUAGCUUGGCCUGGUACAGACUUAAUUCUUAAGGAUUAUUACACAACACCCCAUCCCUCCCUAGGUUAUGCAGGGGGUUAGACUAGAUCAUUUGGUCCCUUCUGCUUUUAAUCUCUGCUAUAGUAGGAAUAUUAAUUUAACCAAUCUUUAAAUUAUGAAUUAUGGAUUUUAAGAACUUGUUUUAAAACAGAGCCAUACACCAGUUUGUUGAAUGGCAGGAGAAACAAAGCUAUGUGGUGCUCCUUAAAGCAGCAGUGUGUACAAAUUCCCCAAUACCCUAGUGACUUUGGGGUAUGGUCACUUUUUAAAUCAGUUCAACCAAAACAAAAAGCUGUCACCUAUAUCCAUGCCAGUCAUUCCUGGUUUGUGUGGUACUUGCAGUAUAAAGUUAAAGGCCAUGUUUGAGUUGGAAAUUUAAUUUGACUGCAUUUAGCAUCUUUGCCUACCUACCUUGAUUUUGGUGCAAGGGGAAUUACUAUUUGAAGCCCAGAUGAGCUUCUAAGGCCAAAAUAGCAUCUUUAGAGGGGUAGGGCUAGAUUAAAUCCUCAGUCUAGACAAGGCCUCACUAAAGUGACAGAUUGCUGGGGGGGAGGGCUACUGAAAAGGUGCUAACCUGAUCUUGUUUUAAGUGCUAAGUUUGACCUCAGGUAAAGUAAUUUGCUGCUGAAGUAAUUUAACUGGAAAAGUAAUUGAAGGGAAAAAUCUUCUU